AUGAAGACAGUCGUUCUUCCGGCGACGGAAGGUAUUGGCGCUGGCGUUGGCCCCCGCUGCGUCGAGCCGCUCGAGUCGGGGUGGCUCAGCGACUCGUAUUUUGAAAAGUCGGCGAUCGCCAUGCGUUUUCGGAUAGCAACGCUUGUGCUGCCUCCCGGCGACAGCGUUGAGCUUGUCGCUGUGGAUGCACCAAUCUUCAAUGUCUCAGCGGCACAUCUCUCGCCCGUCGGCGAUAGCUCGGGGCUCUGGACGCCGCGGUUAUUUGCCAACCUCUGGCGCCUUCGGCUGCUGCGCACGACUAGCGUCUCGUACUGCGACAACGGCUUCGGCGUCGGCGUCGAUCGCUACAGCUACUUUACCAGUCUCGACAGCGGCCAUUAUGCCACGACCUCGAACGCGGGCAGCAGCAGCGAGGAGCAAGGUUGUGGCACCCGCAGCAGCCACGCAAUCUGCAACUACACAACGGCGUCGCCGCUCACGAGCAUGUACGCGUACAGCCGACCCGUCGUGCGGAUUUGGGUGCCGACACCUGGUGUUGAAGGCUUCAAAAUGUGCACGGGCUGGCUCUGGGGCAGUCAAGGCCACGUCAUCACCGCGAGCCACUGCAUUGGUAGUGCCCGCGAUGCCAAGCAAGUGCAAUUCGAGUUUCUCGCGGAAGCGUCGUGGUGCGGCGUCGACGUCGACUACACCGUGUGCAGCGGCGCUGUCGCGUCCGUGGCCGCGACGUGGGUCACCACCAAUUUGAUCCUCGACUACACACUCUUGUUGCUCUCGUCCGGGCUGAGCCUCGUGCAGACCUACGGGUACCUCCAAGUGCACCCGACGCUUUCGAUUUCGCGCGGCAUGCGCGUGUACGUGCCGCAGCAUCCGAACGGCGGGUGCAAGACAAUCGCGUCCAUGAACCAGACGACGUUGCCGACAACCAUCACGGGGCUCACCUCGAAAGGGUGUGACCUCAACAACGACGGGUUUUACCGAGGCGGGGUCAUGUACGAUGCCGACACGCAGCCGGGCUCGUCCGGCGCCCCCGUUCUGGAUGCGACCACCAACACGGUCGUGGCGAUGCACUACUGUGGCGCCGCCGCGUGCUCCAACGCGGGCAUUCCAAUGGCCUGCAUUGUACGCGACCUACUCUUUCAAAACCUCUUGCCCGCCAACGCGCUGGGUGACGGCCUUGGCACGAUUUCUGCAUUUGCAGAUCCCGUUGCGUUUCCACGGGCGCCGACUCUGCCGUUUCGCCACCCACCGUACUUUGGUGCGAUCCGUCAAGGCGUUGUGCCCCGGCGACCGCGCUAUACGACUGUGGAUCGUUACGAGCUUGUUGUUCACGCGCCGACCAAGAUUCUGAUCGAUGUCGUCGUGAACGAGCUCAAUACGACGUCCAACACGUGCGUUGACGUGAUGCGCGACUGCCGCAUCACGUACUCGACCGGGGGCACGACAUUGCGUGUCUACUCCAAACUCCUUCCCGGUGGCGCAAUCUAUUCGAGCGACGAUUUGAGACGAGCGCUCCCGUCCAUGGGCAGCGACGAUGGCAGCAUCUCGAGCAACGACCCGUACUUGGUGAUGACGCUGCCGGCGGGGCGCUACAUUCUGGCGUUCGGGCUCCUCCAGCUCGCCGACAAGGACGCUAUCGCUGGCAUCAACACAGAUGCGUUCUCCACCGAUAUUCACGAAGGCGCGUUCGCAAGCUCCACGGCCUCGCUUCCGUACAAGAUGACGAUUUCCAGCAGCGAACCGAUUGACGUGUUCAGUUCGUUGCCGAAUGCAAGCUUGCCACGCACGUGCGCGCUCUCCGAAGCAGCCAUCGAAGCAACGUGCGCACUUCCCGUCUCGUCCAGCGGCUCCCAGUCCAACGAAGACGCUGUAUGA